AUGGCGCGGCGGGACGGCGGCGGCGGCGGGACGGUGCCCCGCGCGCUGAUCUGGCUGGCGCUGUGGGGGCUGUGGCGCGGUGGCGGCGAGGCUGCCGCCCUGCCCGGCCGGGGGGCAGCCCUGCCCUUCGCCGCGGGCCCGCCGGCGGCCUGCAGCCCGCGCUGCCAGCACGGCGGGCUCUGCCUCGGCAACGGCACCUGCCUCUGCUCCAAGGGCUACGAGGGCGAGCUCUGCCAGCACGCAACAUGUUAUCCAAAAUGCAAAAAUGGUGGGGCGUGCCUCAGACCAGGAAAAUGCAGGUGUCCACCUGGCUAUGGGGGUAGAUACUGUCAUAAAGUAAGCUGUGAAGGAGGCUGUCAAAAUGGUGGGGAAUGCAUCUCUGUCAAUGGAGUUGUGAAGUGCCUUUGUGCUUCUGGCUGGACAGGAUCAAGAUGCCAAGAAGCAAUUUGUCCUCAAGGUUGUCGGAAUAAUGGAGCUUGUGUGGCUCCUGGGAUUUGUAGCUGUCCAGCUGGAUGGGUCGGUGGAGCAUGUCACUUAGCUGUAUGUAAACUACCUUGUCAACAUGGAGGAAAAUGUAUAGCUCCAAAUGUGUGCAGAUGUCGACUGCCAUACUCUGGUCUACAGUGUACAAAGAAAAGGAAGGAAUAA